AUGGUCGAGGAGACAGCGGCAGCGCUCGUGCUGGUGCUGAGCCCCGCCGCACCGCCGCCAGCGGCCGCCACGGCGGACACGGGGGACACGUUUGAGAACGUGCCGGGCCGUCUAGGCGCCGCCGGCGCGGACGCCGAGCGGCAGCAGCCCCUCAGCCGGCUGAUGGCUGGCAGCAACAAGAAGGCGAUUGAGGGCUGCACGCGCAAGUGCGUGCCGACGUGCGUGCGAGGCGGCGACGGCGCGCCCGGCCUCGGACCGCUCAGCGUCCGCAGGGAGCCUGGGGGCGUGGUGUUCAAGGAGUCAUACCGGUCCCGCGGGUACUGCCUGUCAGAGUGCGCCAACGUGUGCGCGCUGACAGUCAACGGGCAGCAGGCGGCAAAGGGCGGCGGCGCGGCUGGGGCAGCGCCACGGUGA